AUCGAUUUCACUCGACUUCUCUAAUAGAGAACAAAAAAAAUCUGCAACUCAUCUCACUAGAGAUCUCUCGAUCUAAGUCGGUUUCUAUCGAUCUCGAACAGUUUCAGAAAAUGGCAAAGACAAGAGGAGGAGGUCAAGUUGGUGCUCGUCAUAGUAGGCGUAAUCAAGGCUUGGAGGUAGAAGAUGUUGCUCCUGCAACAACACUAAAGGUUAAUAAGAAGGUGAAUAAGAAGAAAACAGCAAAUAAAGUGGCUCGGAGAAGAAGUAGUACUAGAGCCAAGAAAGUGGCUACUGUAGAUGAUGAGGUAGAAGAUGUUACACCGAAAGUGGCUGCUGUAGAUGAUGAGGUAGAAGAUGUAACACCAGAAGCUGUGGAAGAAGAAAAGGGUAACGACAAAGAUAUAACACCGGAGGCUGAUCAGACUGAGAAAGCAAUGUCUGAAGAUGAGAAUGAAGGAGAAGCUUGUUUGACUAGACAGGGCCAGGAGGAGGAUAAAGAAGAAGAAGCUUGUUUGACUGGACAGGACCAGUAGGAGUAUCAUCAAGAAGAAGCUGCCACUAUGGAAGUAGCUGCGAAUAAUGAAGAAGUUGCCAAU